AUGGAGAUUCGGGGCUGGCGAAGAUCCAAUGGUGCGGAUUGCCCAGUGAUGUGUGGCGGUUCCUUGGAGAGCGAAAUCGCCUCAGAGCAGGCCAGGUCGGCGGCCCUGCGGGAUGCCUUCGAGGGCCGCCGGGCGCGCUAUGCCACGGCAGAGGAGGCGGCGCGCAACGCGGAGUUUGGGGGCUCAGGGCCGGGUGAGGAACAAAAUGGACCUCAAAAAAUCAUAUCACAUAUAACAUAUAAUAUACAUAUAUCAUAUAUAUAUAUAAAAUAUGUAUGUAUAGAAUGCAAGUUAUUUAUAUAA